AGUACAAACAAACGUAUCUAACAUAGAUAUUGUCAGAAUUUGAAGUAGUAUAAGUGAGAGUUGUCUCCGAUUCAGUAUAUAAAUUACAAAUUUUAAUAUAACCAUUUUCCGAAAAAUGUUUUCUAGUUUCGCUGCUCUGACUAAUAUAUCCAAAUUAGCCAGAGCAGAAGUGCGUAAAAUUUUGGAUUCUAUCGAUACGGUUUUAGUCGAUUGUGAUGGAGUUUUAUGGUUAGAAAAUAUACCUAUACCAGGUUCGGUUGAGGUUAUUAAUCGACUCAAAGAAAUUAAAAAAAAAGUUAUAUUCGUUACAAAUAAUUCAACAAAAAUCCGAGAAGAGUUAGUCGUUAAGGCUAAACAAUUAGGAUUUAAUAUUGACAAGGAAGAUGUCAUGUCAACAGCGUAUUUAGCUGUAUCUUACUUAAAAAAUACCGGUUUCAACCAGAAAGUGUACGUUAUAGGAUCAAAAGGUAUAACUCAGGAAUUAGAAUCAGCUGGAAUUCAACAUUUAGGAAUUGGGCCUGACAUUAUUCAAACUAAUCUGGCCAAUGCUAUCGAUAAUUUUCGUCCGGAUCCAGAAGUUGGGGCUGUAAUUGUAGGAUUCGAUGAACAUUUUUCUUAUAUAAAACUUUUAAAAGCAGCAACUUACCUUAGCAAACCCGCUUGUUUAUUUAUAGCUACUAAUACAGACGAGAGGUUUCCCACUAGCACCGAUCUAGUAGUACCCGGUACGGGGUCUAUUGUUAGAUCAGUCGAGACUGUGUCUCAAAGGGAAGCUGUUGUCGUCGGUAAACCAAAUUCUUAUAUAGCCGAAGCUCUAAUUAAUGAGUACGGAAUCGAUCCAAAGAGGACCAUAAUGAUCGGAGACAGAUUGAACACAGAUAUUUUGUUGGGUACUAGAUGUGGUUUUCAAACACUUUUGGUACUGUCUGGUGUCACUACAUUAGAUGAAGCUACACAAAAGAAAACAUCAAAUAAAAAGGACGAUAAAGACCUAAUACCUGAUUUUUACCUAAAUAAAUUGGGUGAUUUAAUGCAAUUCAUCCAUUAAUCAACAGAGAAUUUAUAGAAAAAUUUUUGUUUUAUUUAUUUUUUGAUCAAAAAUAUAUUUAUGGUUAAAAAGAACCUACCUCACUUCAUUUCACCCCUCUAGUUAAGCCGUACAAUUAUUACUAUCUAAUUACUACAUUGUCUUGAAAUAAGAAAUUUAACAAAAAACAUUUUCAAUCGACACAAUAAGUUUAUAAAAAAUGUUUUAAUGAAAUUUCCGAAUCAAUUAUAACAGAAUUUAGUAAAUAUCUUAUAAUAUUGAGGUUAAAAUUCAUAUAUUCACAAAUUAUUUUGACGUUUUCUAAAUUCUUCUCUCAAUCUUAUCGUGAGCUGGUUUUAUACCCAAUCGAAGGCACUAAAAUAUUCGGUAGCUGUGUACUCAUAUGAGAAAAGCCAAAGUCACAAGAAAAAGAGGCAUAAACUUUAUUUACGUGUCGAUUUAAAACCAAUUCCAAAUCAGUUGCUAACUAAUUAAAUAUUGAUUAUGAGCUUAUUCAGGAUGUUAAUUCACCGCGAAAAUAAUUCCUUGUGGAAGGGUCCUUGAAUCGACUUGACGCAAACAAUGAACUGUUUUAAGACUGCGCAUGCGAUUGGUCCCUGAACUGAUUCCUAUUUAUUCUCGAUUCUUCUUUUUAUUGUAUUUUGGUCUUUGUUUUUAUUUCCUAAAUCUUUCAAUAGAAAUUACAAGAAUAUUUUACUGAAUUGGAUUCCAAUUUAUAAAUUUCUUUCUGUAAAAUAUUUAAUGUCUACUUGUAAAUUAAGGUUAUAACACGGAUUUACAUAAAAUUAUAUUUAAAGAUUUGAAGCCACUUCAUUUACAAAAAUUACCUUUUAUCUUUAUUUAUUUGAAUAAUCAGUAUUUCUAAGGUGACAAUUUAUUCUUUGAAAUGAACAAAACACUUAAAAUUAUUUCAAGAAGGAUUCGAUAUGAUCCUUUGUCAUGGCAUAUGAACUUCGUUUGUAUUGAAUGUUUGUAUGUUUAAGUAUCUGUGUUUAUCUUGAUGAUAAUUUACAUACACACGUUAAACUUAUUAAUUUGAUAAUACAGUAUUGAAAAAUUUAAUCAGAAUAAAAGAAAUAUAAUGAAAUAAUCAUCAAUAAAUAAAGAGGGUUUAGAAGACAUACUCACGUUUACUUUCAAUAAACACAGCAAGAAGUACAAUAAAAUGUUUCAAAAUAAAAAAAGCGAAUUGAAAUGAGAAACUAGGAUGUGACAACAAAACUUUAACGUGUA